UGGUUUGGGUUGGUUUACCCAUUUUGACAACUCUAGGUAAAACAUUUGGAUAGAUAACAGAUAUCAAUUUUUUUAGUUUAAAGUUGAAGUACAUGUUUAGCAUAAAAAAUAUUUAACCAAUCUAAAAGUGAUGAUUUUCUUGGUAGAACUGCACGCGUACACUCUUUAUCUCAGUGGUUGUUCUAUUUCAACAUGGUUAACCGAACUACCUCGAGUCUGAAUAACUUAAUAUUCUUUUGAUGUCAAUAAGAAGGAAAAUCAUAUUUGAUCGAUUUUAUUCAAACGACAUUAAAUUUGAACUAACUUGGUCCCAUUAAACUUUUUAUUUAUUUUUAUCAACGACGACCAGUUAAACAAUACUCAACCUAGUUAAUUUACAAAAUUAGCAACUGGGAUAGUGGAAGAGUCAUUGUCUUUAUUCAAAGCCAAACAGGGGAUGCGUAUCAAACGCAAAGUACAGUGGCGCAUGGAACUUAGCUAGAAAUUACGAAGAAAACGUGAACGCCACUUCUCUCUCACUAUGUAUAUAAGAAUAUGACCAUUCCCUCUUAGAUUAAGUCUCUUAUUAUCUCUUUAUCUAUUGCCAUUUAAAAAUCGAGAAGAUGUUAAAAAUACAGUUAGCAUCAUGUCCUACUUCAGAAGAAACGAAGGAACCAUUGUGUUUGCGUUGGCCAGUUUAGCGUUCAUAGCGUUUUACUGCAUCAAUUAUUGUUUCCGGCGAUGCAGAAAUCGAGACGUUGCUUUGGCGGCAGGGGACACCGAGGAGGCUGUAUUUAGUCCAAUUCGGCCACCGCGAGGGCUUGACGCUAAGGGCGUCCAGUCAAUUCCCUCGUUCAUUUACACAGAAGCUAAUGGGAUUGGGCCAGGACAUGGCGAGCUAGUAUGUGCGGUUUGUCUGAACGAAUACAAAGAGGACGAAAUGCUGCGUCUAAUACUACCUUGCGGACAUGUUUUUCAUGUUCACUGUGUGGACAUAUGGUUCUCUUAUCGCUCCACGUGUCCUAUUUGUCGUGCUGAUGUAAUUGUUGAUCCAGUCUAUUAGCCUUUGACUUUGUAUUUUUUUUCACUCUUGGCUUUGUGAAUAAAAUUUUAUUUAUUGUAGUGCGGGAAUUUGCGCAUGAUGAGAUUGCCAUAAAAAAUAAUAUAAACAAAGUACAUAAUUGUACAC